AUGUCACGACUUGCAACGCAAAAGCGCGAUUGUUUUAUAGAAGAAGUAGAUGUGAUAACAGCGCAGUUAAUAGAUAACUUACCUGUUACAGCAGAAAACUUGGGUGCAGCUACAGCUAAAGAACCAGAGGUUAAAAUUCUGGUAGAAUGCCUAAAAUACGGCCGUGAUUGUGAGGCGAAGCAACGAUUUGGAAUUCCACAAAUAGAGUUCACUUUGCGGAAAGGUUGCCUUUUACGAGGUUUCCGUGUGUAUGUACCCACCGCACUACGACAAAGGGUACUUAGUGAAUUACACAGCGGUCAUUUUGGAAUGGUCAAAAUGAAAACACUAGGGCGUUCUUAUUGCUGGUGGCCUAACCUAGACCGGGAUAUAGAGAAAUUGGUUUCUAAUUGCGUAUCCUGCCAAAGCAUCCGAUCCGAUCCAGUCGCGGUUCCUGUACAUUGUUGGGCACGACCGGGUAAAGUCUUCGAGCGCGUGCAUGUGGAUUACGCAGGUCCAAUGUCUGGCAAGUACUUAUUCGUCUUGGUAGAUGCCUAUAGCAAGUGGCCUAUUGUAAAAAUUGUAAACAAUAUGACGACCGACACAACGAUCGCCGAAUUCCGAGACAUUUUUGCAACUUUUGGUAUACCGAAUAUAUUAGUAAGUGAUCAUGGCACCCAGUUUAACUCUAAAGAGUUUCAAGCGUUCUUGAGAUCGAAUGGCAUAGUGCGCAAGCAAGGUGCUCCCUAUCAUCCGGCAACGAAUGGGCAGGCCGAAAGAUUCAUACAGACAGUUAAACAGAAGCUGACAGCAGCUAUGAUUAAAUCAGGCUCAAUGCAUAAAGAGUUGCAAAACAUUUUGCUCAGCUACCGAAGAGCAAUCCACCCGACUACAGAAAAAAGUCCAGCCAUGGUUAUGUUUGGUCGACAAAUUCAAACUCGCUUAGAUUUUCUACUACCGCAAACUACGCUCGGUAAUACGGACAAAAAGAUUACCAAAAAGGUUUUCGCAGAAGGCGAGAGGGUCUCAGUGCGAGAUUACUUGUCGAGUGAACGCUGGCAACUUGGCAAAAUCAUUUCCAGACGCGGUGAUAUCCAUUACGAAGUUCAACUUGAUGAUGGAAGAAUAUGGAGACGCCACGUCGACCAAAUACGCAACGUAAAAGCUGGCGUGCAUGGUGAGAUGUACGAGCAGCGCGAAGAAACAACACAGUCGCAAACACAACCGACACAAAAAAACAACGCAAUCAAUGCAGCUUUACCACAAGUAGCACACGCACCAACGGAGCAGAACUCAGGUACCGAAGUACAUCUAAGGCGAUCGGAGAGAGUCCGAAAGGAACCAGACCGGCUCCAAUAUAAUUAA